AUGGACGUCGAGUUCAUCAAGCGUCUAGAGGACCCGGGCGUCACCUCGCUCUACGAGUGCCCCGUCUGCUUCACCGCGUUCGGUUCGGAAGAGGGGAGGGGCAAGCCAUGGAUCACGCCGUGCGGGCACACGGUCUGCCACGACUGCGGCACGAAAGUCAUCAUGCAGUCCAAGGCCAUGUCGCGCGGGGUGCGCACGUGGCCCUGCGUGACGUGCCAAAAGCAACACAAGAUUCACCAUCUCUCGGUGCUCAACAACGAAAAGGACGUCCAGGACAAGGUCAUGGGCAAGACGCCCAUCAACUACGCGGUCCAGGACGUCGCCGAGUUCCUCGCGCCGCUCUGCGAGAGGGUCGACCAGGCCCGCGACGCGAUCAGCGAGGCGGGCCUCUCGCCCGGGGACCUCGCGACCAUCGCGGACGAAAUCGGCAUCCCCGGCGCGAGGAGCCUCGCCGACUACCGCGCUGCCAUCCAGACGCUCAAGCGCGAGCUCGGCAGGGUGCGCGGCAAGCUCCUGGAGGUCAACCCCGACGCCGACAGCGAUGACAGCGCGGACGCGGUGCCCCCGCAGCGCGUCCAGCAGCUCCAGGCGGAGAUCCAGAAGCGCGACCUCGAGCUGGACUCCGUCCGCGCGGACGAGCAGGGCCUGCGCGCGGAGCGAGCGACGCUGGUGUUGCAGCUGGCGGAGCUGACGGACGAGCGGGACCGGGCGAGCGCGGAGGCGAGGGGCGCGCGCGAGGACGCGGAGGGCAGGGCGAGGGAGGUCGGCGAGCUGCGUGCGGCGCUGGAACGGCUGAGGCUCGAGCGCGGCGCGGAGGCGGAGCGCGACGUGGCGGCGCUGCGGGCGGAGAACGCGCGGCUGAAGGAGGAGGCGAGGCUGGCGAAGCGGGAGCAGAAGCUGGCGGAGCAGGAGCUGGAGUACUCGCGGAAGGUGCAGAAGAUGCAGCAAGACAAGAUGCAGGACCACAAGGCGGGGGAGGAGAAGGCGCGCACGGAGCAGGCGCGGUGGCGGGACAAGUGUAGCGAGGCGACGGGGCUGCUGCAGCGGGCCGCGGAGCGCAAGGAGCUGGUCGGCGCGGCGCUGGAGGAGUUCCGGCAGCUGGCGAAGGGCGGGGCUGGGGCUGUGCGCAUGGGCGGGGGCGGGGUUGUUGCGCGGCGGACGGGGCCGAGCAUCCUGAGCAAGAUCACGAAGGGGCCGGGCGGCGGCGGCGUGGGCGGCGGCGGGGCGACGGGCGCGGACAUGCAGAAGCUGACGCGGGAGAUCGACGACCUCAAGGCGAGGUACGACAAGAAGAUGGCCGAGCUCGGGGAGGAGAAGGGGAGGAUGCGGGAAGCCAUCUCGCGGCUCGAGCAGGAGAACAAGCGCAUGCACGAGGAGCUUGAGGCGUCGCGGUCGUUCAAGUAUGCGCUGGGCGUGGAACAGGGCAAGGUCCAGGACCUGACGCGGCGGCUCGAGGUGUCGGACCAGGCGUACGUGACGACGCAGAAGGAGCUGCACGUGACGCUCGGGCGGCUGGGGCAGCGCGAGGACGACAUCGCCAAUUUCAAGAAGGACGCUCGCGACGCGCAGGACGCGCUCGUCGAGGCCCGGACGAACGCCGCGAGCGAGAAGCACGCGCUCGAGGCGCAGCUCGCGGAGCUCAGGGCCAAGUGCGUCGACCUCGGGAGGGAAGCGGAGCGCCAGGAGCAGCUCCGGGAGGCCGCGGAGACCAAGGCGGAUGUGGCGGGGCAGCGUAUGCGGGAGCUGACCAAGGAGAUGCGGAGGCUGCAGCGGCAGCAGCGCGGCGACGCAGGGACGCCGCAGCAGUCCCCGGCGCGCCCGCCCGCGCCGCGGGCCGAGGAGCGGGAGCGGCAGCUGCUGGCGGCGCGGCUGGAGGUGGCGGAGCGGCGGGCGCGGGACCUGGAGGAGGAGAAUGCGAGGGUGGCGAGGAACGUGGAGGAGGUGUUCGGGGCGCAGCUGGUCGGCGUGCAGCAGCUGUGGGCGAGCAAGGCGGCGCGGGCGAUGCGGGAUCCGACGCAGGCGCACGACAUGGCGAGCGCGGAGAAGCAGGCGCAGCGGCUGUUCACCUGGGCGGAGCAGACGGCGGCGCCGCGUGGCCGGAAGACGGUGGUGCUCGAGGCGUACAGGGACACGAAGCACUGCAUGUCGAAGCUGAGCGAGCAGACGCGGAAGUUCGCUCGGUUUGCCAUCAUGGUCGAGAGGACGCUGUCACAGUGCGCGCACGCGGUACCGGCGCUCUUCCCUGACCAGCACCACGCGUGGCUGGCGCGGUCGCACGACGGCGACGACGACGAGCAGCCCCCGGCGCCGAAGCGGCCGCGCACGGAGACGUCGCCGGCAGCGGACGCGGGGCACGCGCCCGCGGGCCCGCCGCGGAGCGUCUCGCAGGCGUCGAGCGGCGACGGGGCGCGCGGACGUGUCGUGGAGGUGGUCGGCGACUCCCCGCAGAGCCGCAGCGGCGACGCGGAAGACAGCGUCGCGGCCCGAGAGGUCUCGGGCUCCGUGGACUCCGCCGCCCCGCGCCACGGGCGCAACGGCGGAUGGAGCCAGGAGGGUGCCGAGGCGGGCCCGUCCCGCGAGGCACGGCGGCACCCGGUAGAAUGCUACCUCCCGCCGCGGGCCCCCCCGCCGUACCGCGAGAGGGACCUGAGUGCGCGCGAGCCGCCGGCGCCGUGGGCGGAGGACUCCCCGCGGCGGGAGGGGAGUCCGGGCGGGUUUUGGGGCGACGGGGACGAUUCGCAGCGAGGGGGGGAGUAUCCAGGCGGGGCUGGAGGGUCGGCGGGGCACCCGUGGUCGACCCGCCCGGCGUCGGAGGGGCCGCGGCAGUCGACCACGCCCGGGAGGGCGGAGAAGCGCCGGCGGGCGUGGGCGGAGAGGAAGAGUCAGCAGUGA